CGCAAAAGCACGCGCUGCCGGAAGUGAUGACACGCCUUCCACAGCGGGUGCUUUAGCACGCGUGCGCAGGAGGCUCUUCCGUCAGCUGUGUUGUGGAAAUGGUGGAGAAGAAAACUUCGGUUCGCUCCCAGGACCCUGGACAGCGGCGGGUGCUCGACCGGGCUGCCAGACAGCGCCGCAUCAACAGGCAGCUCGAGGCCUUGGAGAAUGACAACUUCCAGGACGACCCCCAUGCAGGACUCCCCCAGCUCGGCAAAAGGCUGCCUCAGUUUGAUGAUGAUGCAGACACCGGAAAGAAAAAGAAGAAAACUCGAGGCGAUCAUUUUAAACUUCGCUUCCGAAAGAACUUUCAGGCCUUGCUAGAGGAGCAGAACCUGAGCGUGGCCGAGGGCCCCAACUAUCUGACAGCCUGUGCGGGUCCCCCCUCCCGGCCUCAGCGGCCCUUCUGUGCCGUCUGCGGCUUCCCCUCCCCGUACACCUGCGUCAGCUGUGGCGCCCGGUACUGCACGGUGCGCUGUCUGGGCACCCACCAGGAGACCAGGUGCCUGAAGUGGACUGUGUGAGUCUGGGCGUCCCCAGAGGGGAAGGCCCUCUGCACCCCACCUCAGCCUCGGAGAAGGCUUGGCCAAGGAGAGAGGUGCUCUUCUGGACCGAGAGAGGAGCCGUUCAGUUGCCCAGCAAAGCUGUGUCCUACCUGCCAGGGAAGACAGGCCUAGUCCCGGGGGCUGUUUGGGGGGAAGUGGGCUGGGCCCUCAGCGUGCUGUUGUAAUAAAAGGUGUCAUCCGAGGAGGAACCUGC